CUGCCGCCCGGCGCUGGGCACGCGUCACGGCGCCGCGCCGCCCGGCCCCGCUGCUGCACCGCGGGCAGCGCCUGCGCUCCCCGCGUGUGGCGGAGCCGCCGCUCGCUGCCGGAGCCAUGUCGCGGCCCAGGAACGUCCCGCCGCGGCAGCACGGCGCGGGCACCGCGGGCUCGGGCGCUCCCGCCGCGCCGGGCCGCGGCCGAGGCGGCAAAGGUCUGAGGGAUAUCCGCGUGGACGAGGAGGUGGAGAUCGCGGUGAAGCUCGCUCUGGAGCGGUUCCGCUAUGGCGAGGACACGGAAAUGGAAUUCCCGUCUUCUUUCACUAGAACCGAAAGAGCAUUUGUUCACCGGCUCUGUCAUUCUCUUGGACUGAUAUCGAAGAGUAAAGGAAAAGGAGCAAAUCGAUACCUAACUGUAAGAAAAAAGGAUGGAUCAGAACUAAAACGUGCAGUAAUGACUUGUGCCUUAACUCCUGGUACAAAACACGCUGUUUGUACUUUAAUUCAAAAUUUUCCUGUCACAAAUAAAGAACGAACAGAACUUCUGCCAAAGACAGAACAAGGAAAUGCAUAUGCUGUUGAAUCUGAAAACAAAGAAGUGAAGACAAGUGGACGACUUAGUGAUGGUAUCCCCCAGGUUCCUGUUAAAAGAGGGGAAUCCGAGCUUGAUUCCUUCAGGCAAUCACUACCAGUUUUUGAAAAACAGGAAGAAAUUAUUAAAAUAAUAAAGGACCAUAAAGUUGUUUUGAUUGUAGGAGAGACUGGAUCUGGAAAAACUACUCAAAUCCCCCAGUUUAUUCUUGAUGACUGUCACAAAAAUGGAACUCCCUGCCGUAUAUUUUGCACUCAGCCAAGACGUUUGGCAGCACUUGCUGUGGCUGAAAGAGUGGCAGCAGAAAGAAGAGAAAAGGUUGGCCAGACAGUUGGUUAUCAGAUCCGGUUAGAAAGCAGGGUUUCUCCAAAGACACUGGUAACCUUUUGCACUAAUGGCAUACUGCUUCGCACAUUGAUGGCAGGAGACAGCACCCUAUCAACCGUGACACAUGUUAUUGUGGAUGAAGUACAUGAGAGGGAUAGGUUUAGUGACUUCUUGCUAAUAAAACUGAGAGAUGUGUUGCAAAGCCAAGCUAAUUUAAAACUAAUUGUUUCUAGUGCUGCUCUAGAUGCAGACCUCUUUAUUAGGUAUUUUGGAUGUUGCCCAGUAAUACACAUCCAAGGAAGACCUUUUGAAGUUAAAGAGAUGUUUUUGGAGGACAUUUUACGAAGUACUGGGUAUACAAACAAAGAGAUGGUAAAGUACAAAAAAGAGAAGCAGCAAGAAGAAAAACAGCAAAGCACUCUUACUGAGUGGUGUUCUGCUCGAGAAAAUAAUACUAAGCUGGAACCUGAGAGACCAAGAUUUGUCCCAAGGGCUGAAGAGUGUAGUCUUUUGGGUGAUGACGGUAACACAGUAUUUAAUCAACUGACUGAAAAAGAUGCUAAUUGCCUUGAACUAUGGUUAAUAAAAGAAAUGGAUUCUUGUCUUUCUGACAUCUGGUUGCAUAAAGAUAUCGAUGCCUUUGCUCAGGUGUUCCAUCUCAUUUUAACUGAAAAUGUCAGUGUUGAUUAUAGGCACAGUGAAACCAGUGCGACUGCACUAAUGAUUGCUUCAGGGAGAGGCUUUUUGAGUCAAGUAGAGCAGCUGAUCAGUAUGGGAGCAAAUAUCCACUGCAAAUCAUCUAAUGGCUGGAUGGCUGUGGACUGGGCUAAGCACUUUGGACAGACAGAGGUUGUUGACCUGUUGGAGUCCUACGGUGCUUCAGCAGGAUUUGGAAAUCUGGAUGAAAGUUCCCUGGUCCGAACAAGUGGUAGUGACCUUAGUGCAGAGGACAGAGAACUCUUGACGGCUUAUCAUCACAGUUUUGAUGAUGAAAAAGUGGAUCUUGACCUCAUUAUGCACUUGCUUUAUAACAUCUGUCAUAGUUGUGAGACUGGAGCAAUUUUAAUAUUUCUUCCUGGAUAUGAUGAGAUAGUUAGCCUGAGGGAUCGUAUUCUUUUUGAUGACAAGAGAUUUGCGGACAAUGUGCACAGAUACCAGGUUUUCAUGCUUCAUUCAAAUAUGCAGACUUUGGAUCAGAAGAAAGUGCUUAAAAGUCCACCUCCUGGUGUGCGCAAAAUAAUUCUUUCUACAAAUAUAGCAGAAACCAGCAUAACAGUCAAUGAUGUUGUAUUUGUUAUUGACUCAGGCAAGGUGAAAGAGAAGUCUUUUGAUGCACUGAGUUGUGUUACAAUGCUGAAGAUGGUGUGGAUUUCAAAAGCCAGUGCUAUCCAGAGAAAAGGCAGGGCUGGACGCUGUCAGCCUGGAGUCUGUUUUCGCCUCUUCAGCAGGCUCCGAUUUGAGAAUAUGUUGGAAUUUCAGACUCCAGAACUUCUAAGAAUGCCACUUCAGGAGCUUUGUUUGCACACAAAACUUCUGGCUCCAAUUAAUUGUCCAGUUGUAGACUUUCUUAUGAAAGCUCCUGAUCCUCCACCAGCUUUAAUUGUGAAAAAUGCUCUGCAAAUGCUCAAGACUAUAGAUGCCAUGGACCCUUGGGAAGAUCUGACUGAGCUUGGUUAUCAUCUCACUGAAUUGCCAGUGGAGCCCCACCUCGGUAAAAUGGUGUUGUGCGCCGUUGUUUUGAAGUGCCUGGAUCCUGUUCUCACCAUUGCCUGUGCUCUGGCCUACCGAGACCCCUUCGUGCUGCCCACGCUGGCCUCUCAAAAGCGGGCAGCCAUGCUGUGCAGGAAGCGUUUUACUGCAGGAACCUUCAGCGACCACAUGGUGCUUCUCAGGGCUUUUCAGGCGUGGCAGAAGGCACGCAGUGAUGGCUGGGAGAGAACCUUCUGUGAAAAGAACUUCCUGUCUCAAGCCACAAUGCAAAUCAUCGUAGGAAUGAGAACACAGUUGCUUGGCCAGCUUAGAGCCUCAGGUUUUGUUAGAGCCAGAGGAGGAGCUGAUAUUAGAGAUGUUAAUGCUAACUCUGAAAACUGGGCUGUAGUUAAAGCUGCCUUAGUGGCCGGGAUGUAUCCCAAUCUUGUGCAUGUAGACCGAGAGAGCCUGGUUUUAACUGCACCAAAGGAGAAGAAAGUGCGAUUUCAUCCAACCUCUGUUCUUAGUCAACCUCAGUAUAAAAAGAUUCCCCCAGUGAAUGGCCAAACUGCAGCUGUUCAGGCACUCCCUACAGACUGGCUGAUAUACGAUGAAAUGACGAGAGCUCACAGGAUAGCAAACAUCAGGUGCUGUUCUGUUGUAACACCCAUCACUGUGGCUCUCUUCUGUGGACCAGCUAGGUUACCAAGUAAUGCUUUACAGGCAUCUUCAUCCCGUCAAGGAGACAGUGAGAGCAGUGACAGUGAGAUGGAGGACAGAACAACUUCUAAUGUAUCACUACUGAAGGUAGAUGAAUGGCUUCACCUCAAACUGGACUCUGAAGCUGCUGGUUUGCUGUUGCAACUCAGGCAGAAGUGGCAUAGCUUAUUUCUGCGUCGCAUGCGAACUCCUUCUAAAUCGUGGUCUCAAGUUGAUGAAGCAACUGUAAGAGCAGUUGUAGCUGUUUUAACUGCUGAAGAACAGUCUGCAGGUUUGCAGCAGCCUUCAGGAAUUGGUCAGAGACCAAGACCUGUGGUUUCCGAAGAUUGUCUUGUAUCAUCUACAUGGAGGUCAACUGACACCAGGAGAAGUACAGCAGAAACUGAGUUCUCUGACUCCUCUAAUGCUGAAAAAGUUCCUGUGAGGUCUACACGCCCCGUACUUCAUCAGCCAAAGAAUUACAAACGAAAAAAUAUUUUUCACUCCAAACGAGCUUCAGAUGACAGGUCAGAUCGAUCAUCAGUGAAGUCUGCAGACAGCUUCCCUAGCCCCUGUGCUAGUCCAUCUUCUCCAAUGUCUGGAAAGGCUUCCAAAUCACCUUCACCAAGACAAAAUAUGCCAAUUCGGUACUUUAUAAUGAAAAGUAGCAACUUGCAGAACAUUGAGAUUUCUCAGCAGAAGGGUAUAUGGUCCACUACGCCAAGUAAUGAACGAAAACUGAAUGGAGCCUUUCGGGAAAGCAGCAUGGUUUACUUAAUAUUUUCUGUUCAGGGGUCUGGACACUUCCAGGGUUUUGGUAGAAUGUGUUCAUCAAUAGGGUGUGAGAAAAGUCAGGACUGGGGAUCUGCUGGAUUUGGAGGUGUAUUUAAGGUGGAGUGGAUCCGAAAAGAAAGCGUUCCUUUUCAGUUUGCACAUCAUUUGCUCAACCCUUGGAAUGACAAUAAGAAAGUACAAAUAAGCAGAGAUGGCCAGGAGCUGGAACCACAAGCUGGAGAGCAGUUGGUGCAGCUUUGGGACCAUAUUCCUUUGGAAUGAAAAAACUCAACUGAUUAAGCAUGUCAGAUAAUGAAAUAGAGCUGAGAUUGUUGAAACAUCAGCUCUAACCACUAGAACCAGCAGCAUGCCUACAAUACCAAGAUAAGGAAGAAGGCGGCACAACAAAUAAACUCCUGAAGCUCUUAGUCACGCUAGCUCUUAGCUAGCAGUAAAAAAAAAAAAAAAAAAAGAGGGAAUUAUAUUUGUUUCAGUGUUUCCUUGUUGUAAAAAAUGUCAAUAAGGUUAUCCACCAGUCUUUUUUUGGCUGAAUUACUUUUUUCCUACAGUAGCGUGCAGGUAUUUGAAAAUGUGGUAAAGUUCAAAACUAAGUUUAAAGCAGUGCACCACAUGUAAGUUGUUUGUGGGUUUAAAAUAGUACAGCAGACAGUUUACAUUUAAAGCAUUCUCAAUCCAGUAAAUGUAUGAAAGAAAUCAGUUUAAUGUUAAUUAAUCAUUCUUGCAGUUUGAUUAAAGUAAAUAAAUUGAGAAUAGAUUGUUGGGAGAUUGCAUAAUUGUUUGGUGAACUUCUGUAUGCACAGUACAAGAGAGAAGGAUAUCGUCAAUUACAAACAGCUAGACAGCUGGAGAGCACUAGUUUUUGAAUUCUAGAUUGCAUACAAAAGGGAAAGAGGCAUGAGACUUUUUUGAAUGUGGAUUGGUCCAGUGGUAUUUCUAGUUUCAGGUUUUUUGACUGUAAAAAUACUCACACUUUGAAACAGUCUUUCAGAGGCCUGUGUCCAAAUGGUAUUCUAAUAGUUCACUAACUUGAGCAUUGUUAUCAGAUUUCUACUUCUUUUAUAAAAAAUAAAAAAUAAUUACCAGUG